AUGCCGCCAUCCACGAGCGACGCCGGAGCGGAUGCCCGCAGUGAGACUCCCGUGAAUCCCCGUAAACGGAAGAAAGCUUCCCGGGCCUGCGACUACUGCCAUCUAAACCACCAGCCCUGUGACAAUGGCAAGCCGCGGUGUGGCGUGUGCGAGAAGCAUAACAAGCCGUGUAGUUAUCUGCGACCCACCAAGCGGCGUGGGCCUCAGAAGGGUUACCGCACUGCGCUCAACACCUACAAGGAGAGCGCAGCCGCUUGGGGGGUUGUCCUGGGCGCCAUCCCAGGUCUGGAUGCCCUGAUCGAGGGCCAUCUCCGGAGCGAGAAUGGCAGAUUUCUCUUGAAGUCCGUCAAGGAUCCUGCCCAACAAGACGCCCUGAUUCAGAAAUGGCAGCAGAGCACCGUUUUCAAGUCCUUCUUCCCUAGCAGCUCCACUACGGCCAGCAUUGAGGGAGAAGAAGCAGAAGAGCCCAGGGACAGUGUGCUAGAAAUGGACCCCUUUCCAGUACCCCGGGGGAAGCCAUAUGCUCCCAAAUUUUCGCCUAGCCGGACCAGCCGCUCCUCCUUCGGUCCUGCCGAUAUAGACCUGACGAGGAGGAGGAGGAGCGUGACGGCUCCGCAGCAGCCUGUUAUCAGGGAGCCUACCUCGCUCUCCGAUAUUGUGGCCAAGGAUGCAGCUCGAUCAUCGUCUCAUGCCUCACAAACGCUGGCUCCCCUCGGUUUCGCUCCAAAUGAGACAAUUGCCGAUUUUUACGAUAUUGGCUCUAAUCCAGAACAAAUCCUCCAGCCCCCUGACUUGGACCACGAGCUGGGCACGGAUGCGGAGCAGAGAGUCUACUACGAGUUGCUCAUGGGCCGCUCCUUUGAUGACUCGUCCCAAAGGACCUAA